GGCGUUGCGGAGGGAGGGGGCGGCCCGACCCGGCCCAGCUCUGCCCCCGGCCGGCCCGACCCCGGCCUCGGCCCCUGGACAAGCCCUUAUCUGAUCCCAUUCCGGGUUUAAGAGUCCUGGCCCUGCCUGUCGCACAGCUCCGCUCCUCACUCCAGCCCGCCCCGUCGGUCCAUCUGUCCCGCUGCCCCUCGGCCCAUCGGAAGGGCCACUCCACCCCGGACCCAAGAUGACAUCAGUUGCCAAGGUGUAUUACAGUCAGACCACUCAGACAGAAAGCCGGCCCCUGAUGGGCCCAGGGAUACGACGUCGGAGAGUCCUGACGAAAGAUGGUCGCAGCAACGUGAGGAUGGAGCACAUUGCUGACAAGCGCUUCCUCUACCUCAAGGACCUGUGGACAACCUUCAUUGACAUGCAGUGGCGCUACAAGCUUCUGCUCUUCUCUGCCACCUUUGCAGGCACCUGGUUCCUCUUUGGUGUGGUAUGGUAUCUGGUGGCUGUGGCACACGGGGACCUGCUGGAGCUGGGCCCCCCGGCCAACCACACGCCCUGUGUGGUCCAGGUGCACACACUCACUGGGGCCUUCCUCUUCUCCCUGGAAUCCCAGACCACCAUUGGCUACGGCUUCCGCUACAUCAGUGAGGAAUGCCCGCUGGCCAUCGUGCUGCUUAUCGCGCAGCUGGUGCUCACCACCAUCCUGGAAAUCUUCAUCACAGGUACCUUCCUGGCGAAGAUUGCCCGGCCCAAGAAGCGGGCUGAGACCAUCCGUUUCAGCCAGCACGCAGUUGUGGCUUCCCACAACGGGAAGCCUUGCCUUAUGAUUAGAGUUGCCAACAUGCGUAAGAGCCUCCUCAUUGGCUGCCAGGUGACAGGCAAACUGCUUCAGACCCACCAAACCAAGGAGGGUGAGAACAUCCGGCUCAACCAGGUCAAUGUGACUUUCCAAGUGGACACAGCCUCUGACAGCCCUUUCCUCAUUCUACCCCUUACCUUUUAUCAUGUGGUAGAUGACACCAGUCCCUUGAAAGAUCUCCCUCUUCGAAGCGGUGAGGGUGACUUUGAGCUGGUGCUGAUCCUAAGUGGGACAGUGGAGUCCACCAGUGCCACCUGCCAGGUGCGCACUUCCUACCUGCCAGAGGAGAUCCUAUGGGGCUAUGAGUUCACACCUGCCAUCUCACUGUCAGCCAGUGGUAAAUACAUAGCUGACUUCAGCCUUUUUGACCAAGUUGUGAAAGUGGCCUCUCCUAGUGGCCUCCAUGACAGCACGGUACGCUAUGGAGACCCUGAGAAGCUCAAGCUGGAGGAGUCAUUACGGGAACAGGCUGAGAAGGAGGGCAGUGCCAUUAGUGUGCGCAUCAGCAAUGUCUGAUGGUCUGUUCCCACCUUCCCACCCCGCUGGUCUCUUUUCCUCUUUUGAAUGCCCUGAGUAAAGAGUACUACCCGGGCUUGCUGGAGAUCCCCAGAAGCACCCAUCCUCCAUUUUAAUGCAGUGGCCUAUCAGUAAUCUAGGCCAACUGGAGUUGAGUUUUCCUCCUACUGUCCCCUUUUGCCUCCCGCUGCUUCCACCCCAAUACAUGCACCUCCCUUAAGCCAGGAUGGGGAAAGAAAGGGAUUAGGCUAAAGUGGCUCAGAUGGUCUCAGCCAUGCUUGGAGACUCACUUUAAGAGGACCAUGCAGUUGGAAGGAUAGACUUCCUCCACUGCACCAUGACCAGAAAGUUUGGUGACUAGAGGCUGGAGCCCCCUCUAUCUCUAUUUUCCCAUCUAGAAAGUUCCCUAAGGCAAGACUCUCUCUGAUGGUCACUUUGGGGUCUGUGCCCUCAGAAAUAUAGGAAUCUGGAAUCAAUUUAUCCUGGGCCUGCUGAAAGAAGCCAGAGUUUGUCAUGGUGUAGCUAAUUUCUGCUAGUGACUCCUGACCAUAACCUAGGACCAUGGUCACUACCAUUUCCCCUUUCUAGUUUCUCUCAUGGACCCUCUCAAGAUACCCAGUUCUACUUAGAAAACAUCACCUGUCCUGGAUUAUGAACUCCUCAAUUUGAAGGAAGGGAGGGAAAGGCAAGGGAGUCCCUCUCUUAACACUCUUGAUCAACUUAAACUAGAUCCACAGGCCACUGAUU